UCGCCCCACCAGGAGGGAAGAAGAAACGAGAGAUAGUAUCAUGACAAACAGGUGGAGGUGAGGUUAGACGGGUUGGAGUGAUAAGCAUCAAGAGAAGAGAAAUAAUUAACAAGCAACGUACCAACCUCCAGUCAUGUCUUUGUCCAAGCCAGAGGAGCAGCUAGCCUACGAGCUCAGCUGCCCUAUCUGCCUUCAGCUCUUCUCCGAUCCGAUGGUUCUCCCCUGUGGUCACAACUACUGUUUAGACUGUAUCUGCAAGACCGAUGACAAGAAGGAUAAAACACUUCCACGUUGCCCAGAGUGCCGCGAGGAGUAUCAGGGAGUGGAAUCCCUGCAGAAAAACUUCAAACUAUGCGGCAUCAUCGAGGGUUACCGAGCCACCGCUCCACAGCUGGAUAGGCAGUCUAAAGCGAAGGCUGAGAGGGUGGAGGUUUUCUGCAACUACUGCAUAGAUGAGCAGUCGCUGGCCAUGAAGACCUGCCUGAAGUGUGAGGUGUCGCUGUGUUCCAGGCACCUUCAGAGACACCACGAGAAGGACUCGUUCAGGGCACACACUUUGGUGGAGCCCCUGGAUGAGCUGGGGAUGAAGACCUGCACCACCCACCGGCGACCCUUUGAGUACUUUUGUUCCAACGACAUGACCUUGAUGUGCAGCACGUGCCUUAAAGAGGGUCACCACCAGAACCACGAUGUUCUCACCUUCAGUGUAGCCGAGGAAGAGAUGAGACGAGCGCUGGAGAGCCGCAGCAAGGUGGUUUCUUUCAGGCUGCAGAUAACAGAGAGUCUCCUUCAGAGGACAGCAGAGGAGCAGGGUGCCUCCGAAGCUGUUGGGGACAAACUGGUGAACAAGGCUGUCACUGUCAUGGACAGUAUGGCUGCACUCGUGGACAGGUACAGGGAGCGCAUGCGUUUGCUAUUGGAGGAGGAAAGAUACCUGCACAGAAGAAGCUGGCAGUUUGGACUGAGUGCACUCAAAGAGCAACAACAGCAGUUAGUGGAGGCCCAGCGAAGUGCAUCCCAGGCCCUCAGUGAGACAGACACUUGCGUCUUCAUACACAGGUUCAUGCUGAUUGAAGAUAAGAUGAGAGAAGUUGUCACAGGCACCCUUCCUUCCAUGAUCCCCUUAAAGGUUCCGUUCAACACCAAGCGUCUCCAGGCAGGCCUCAAAACCCAAGACUUCCGCUCAGAAAUGACCCCACUCCUGGAUUCCCUCCAUAUUCUCCUGAACCCCCUGGACCUCACCUUCAACCUCUGCACUGCCCACCCCAGCCUGAUGGUCUCCAAUGAUCUGCGCUCAGUCAAGUAUAGCCCCACCAAGCUGCCAUAUUCAGAGCACCCAGAGCGUUUUACAAGCGCACCCCAGGUUCUGUGCAGCCAGGGGUUCUCGAGUGGUGAGCACAUGUGGGUGGUAGAAGUGGGGGCCAACAGCAUGUGGUCGCUGGGCGUGUGUUACAAGAGCAUCCUUCGCCGUGGUGACCACAGUCGCUUAGGACACAACUCUGUUUCCUGGCGGCUGCAAUGGAAAAACGGCAAGCUGACAGUGUGCCAGUCCUCCUGCAACGUGGCUCUGGGGGAAAUGACCAAUCAUCCACUGAGGAUUGAGGUAGCGCUGGACUAUGAGGCGGGGACAUUAAUGUUCCACAGCACCAAAGGGCACAGGGAGCACCUUCACACCUUCAGGGCUGUGUUUAGGGAGCCGGUUUACCCAGCGUUCAGUAUCCAUUCAAACACACAAGAGUCCUGGAUCACGCUGCAGUGUGGGAUGUGAACACAUCUUCUAUUGUUUUACAUUCCUAACAUUGAUUUGGGUGUUUAAAUUGGCCUCCAACUCAUUGUACUUUUGUAUAAACUGCAAAACAAUUUUAAAGUGCAAAUUAGUUAGGAAUUGUGCCAAAAUGGUGCAUUUGUGUAAUUGUAGUGGAACAAAUUACUUCCCCACUGCUUUAUAAUGCCAUUCUUUUAUACAAAACCCUGACCGCUUUACGGAACUGUAGCAUUUUAAUCACGGGAUAAUUUGUUUACAAAAUGUCUUUUUAAUUUUUUUUUUCGUGAAUAGGGUGAUUUUUGUGGAGUAUAUCGAUGAAUUGGAAUUGUGGGAUUUUUCUUUGUCAUUUGUUUCCAUUUGUCUGUUUAUUGAAAGUUAAUUUUGUGUGUUUUAUUUUUAUGUUCUUUAUUUCCAGUAAACAUUGUGUGUCAACACUGACCAUAUUUGUGUUUAUGCUACAAAUAAACUCUGGUAAUAAUG